GCGUCACUCGUCAGUCCGCCGCGAGCCGCUGCGUUGUUCGCGCGUGUGUAUGUCGCUGCGACCCAACGCCGCAUUUACAGAACUGUGUGAAAAAACGUGAUAACUUGUGCCGAAUUGUUAUAACAGUGACUUAAACCUGUGCUCUAACAGUGUCCAACAACCUGAAUAAUCUCCUACACACGUAUACGACCGUAAAAACGUAUGGGCUGCCCGAGAGAUUAGUGUUUAAACGGCAAUCUCGGUGGAACAAUGGCCCGCAGUGUGCAGUGCAGUGCGUAGUGCAGUGAUGUAGCAGCAUGCCGUCGGACGGAGCCACGUGGUCGCCGCCCGCGCCCAGCGAGCGCCGGCUCAGCAACUCUUCCGAUGGCAGCGCGGGCAGCGGCUACUCCAAAGCCACAACAGACAGUGCGGACUUCCUCGCCACCCGACCCCACACGGCGGCGGUCCUCCCGGGGAAGCCGGCAGCCAACCCGCUGCAGUUCGUGAAGGUGGGCCCGGCGGACCUGGGCCACCGCGCGCGCGAACAGCUGCGACGCGCCGAGCUCGCCAAGAAGACUGAGCCUGCGAGGAUAGAGCGCCAGGAGGACUGGCAGUCGAACUUGGACAACUGGAAGUCGUCGCGUCGGAAGCGUGUCGAGCAUAUCAUCGAGCGCUGCGUGGAGGUGCGCAAAUUCGAGAACGAGUCGCACGCGCCGCGCGCCAAGGCGAAGACAUUUAACGAAAUGCUAGAAGAACGCGCCGGCCGCAGAAGGCGGAACCCGCUAGCCUUGUACACAGAAGACGAUGCGCACGACCUGAGCGACCUGGGCAUCGGCACCUCUAGUACGAAGAGCAGCCUCAGCGAAGACUGCGACACACACAGCUUGGCUAGCGACGGUAUGGAGCAUGAUAAAAACCAUUCUGACGUGGACAAUGUAUCGAAUUGCGAAAACAAUCGCAAAUUGGGUUCCAGCGCCAACGAGUACGACACAUGCACGACCACUACUAUCAGCUCUCCUGAACCAGAGGAGUAUACCUACGAGGGCGCUAUCGAAGGAUACAAGUCGAGAAUCAUCUCACAAACGAACAGUAACAUGGUUAAAACAGUCGUUAACAAUAACCUUAAAGAAAAGUCUCCUGACAAAUCAAACGGUGAUAUUAACAGAAUCAGAACAUCAGUGAGUAAUAAGAUAGAAGAAAAGGUCUUCUCAUUCCAACAAGACAGAGUUAAUGACCUCAGAAACAACAACCAAAAGAAGGAUUUACCCAAAGUGGAUAUCCACAAACGUAGAGAGCAUUUCGAAAGAGAAAACUCACAGGAACUACAAGUAACUAAACCAAAACUACCUGAUAUAGCAAACAAGAAGUCGAUCAAAGAAAGAAUGUCUUCGUUGGAAAAGUUUAACGAAGAAACGUAUUUCCAAAAGUCGACGAGUGACUUGACAAAAAUGCCUGUAGAAGUCAAACCUCUAAAAGAGAGACUUUCGUCACUUAACAAUCUUAAAUCUACAACUUCUGAAGUUGAUAAAGUGAAACGGCUGUCGAAUGGAGAUCUUAGCAAAACUAAAUCGCUAAAAGAACGUUUGUCAAGUCUCAAGUCGCAAACAUCAGAAGAAGAAAUCAGAGUCACAAAAACAGAAGUUAAGGAAGUUUCCAUGAGUAUUAAAGAGCGGUUGUCCUGCCUUGAUGCCGCUAAAAAUAAAGAAAUACCAAAACUAUCCAUCGAAGAAGAAAUCAUGCAGAAUGAUAAAAUCAAAGAAGAAACUGAGUACAACGAAUUGAAAGAUAAGUUGUCUGAUAGUUCAUAUAAACUUGAGGAUCAAAUGCAGAGUUUUUGUCGCUCACUUGAUAGUUUAGAUAUAAAUGGUCAAUCUUCUCCCAAUUCCUUUGAAAGAAUUCGAAGUCUCGAAGACUUUGACUGUGGUGAAAUCCAAAAUAACACAGUUCCAAGUGACAUAGAGACGGAAGAUAGUGGUAUACACACGGCUAGAGAUUCUUGCGCGCCAGCAGAUGAUAUCGCAGAUUUAACUCAGGUAGCUUCUCCAAUCGGAGAACCUAUGGCCGAAGUAUCUGAAUACGAAUCUUCUAAUGAAGACGGCGCGACUCUAGUUCAAACUAAACUUGAUGGAAACGAUGAUGUGAGCGUAGACCGUACACAUCAAAUCAAAACGGAGUUAUUGAUUCAAGAAUAUGAAAAAGACAGUCAGGCUGAAGAUAGCGACAGUGCAAGCAACUACACUCAAGCAGUCUCUCAACCUGAAGAAUUGAGCGUAACUGAAGUUACUGAAAUCCAAAUGGACAAAGAAGAUGAGGAUACGUUAAAAAGCUUGGAUAAUCAAGAUUCUUCCAGUGUAAGUCUCAAUGAACCCUUGUCCGCCACGUCCGAAGGUGACACGGUUGUAUUCGAGGGGAAAAUGACUAUUCACUUAAACUUGAAUGAAAUUUGCAAAAAUCAAAGCACUGGUGCAAUGGAAAGUUCUAACGCUACUGAAAUAUGUACUAACGAUUCUACUAACAACAAAAGCAUGUCAAUGGUCAUAGACGCUUUAGAGCUAGCGUUCAAAGAAUUGGAUUCGGAAGAAAGUGUAAACGUUACAAUGGAUGAAAAUGAUUAUAAACCUUGCGAAGUUAACACGAAGCUUUCUAUAGACAAGGUUGAGAAACUAUUGGACUUCGACGUGGAUAAGAAAGUGUCAGUGACUCCUCUGUAUGAGAAUAUAGAUAUAUUCAAUCAGACUAGUAUUGUGGAUGCUGAAGCGUUUCCAUUGGAUCUUCCUACAAACGCUUUAGAGCCGCCGAAGGAGAAACCGCCUCCGCCACCCAUGGAGGAUGGUCCUGAAGAUGAACUACUUGGAAAUGGCAACUUCAAACAUAACAGGUCAGCACGCCGCAUUAAAAAAGAGAUCCGGAAUAAACGCACCAGCUUCCUCGGCAUCGAGGGUCAAGAUGACAGCUACCUGGACGUGGACUCCUUGGCUCCGAGACCUGACAUCACCUCCUUCUUACAAGAAGAGACCAAGAUAGAGAAGCUUCUGUACCAGAAGACGCUGGCGAAUGAUAUGGAUGCCAAGUUACGAGACAGUAGGGACUCUGGAGUGGAUGUGGAUAGAGGCGAUGGAUGGUACAAGAGACAGUCUUCUCCGGAGACUUCCAACCCUCACAGCAGACAGAAUAGUGAGCCCUAUACGCAGAUGACGGUCACAUCUGAUGAAGAAGAAUCCACUAAGAAGAAUGCUGAAGAAUCCUUCUCCAAAGAUCUCACCACUAAACUAACCGGCUUGACCGAAAACGGUGAAACACACGGCACCAAGAUAGAUCACUUGGAUAAGAAAAUACAACAACAACAGGCUCGCACUAACGAGGAUUGGCCUGACGGGCACUUUGACGAUGCUCACACCAAGGAAGUCCUGCGUUUCGAGCGGGAACUCCUACAAUUAGAACAAGAGGAAUUGAGAAGGCAAAGAGAAAACCUUUUGCGUGAUCAGAACAGAAUAAUCCAGAAAUCAGUCCAGGAUAUAUCCACAGCUGGAGCGCCUGAGAAACCGACGAUACCCAGAAACAAACCCACCAACCAAAACUACAGACACUCGAUGCCAAAUUUAUUAGUAAGCGAGAAUUAUAUACCGCCUCCAGUCAUUCCGAAGACAGCACCAAUGGAUGAAAACAUGAAAAGGAAGCCGUUCGUCUCUGAGGAACAUAUUCAGAGUCAUUUUGGCGUAGAGGAGAGCAGGAAGGUGUUGUUUGAUGAUAAAUACGCUGAAGUUAGAAGACCGGUGCCCAAUGUGAUGAGACCGCCUCAACCAGUACUGCCGCCUAAACCAAGGAGUCGGGAUUCCAUCGAAAGAGAGAUCACUAUGAGGAGCAGUCGAGUGCCGUCCGCAGUGGAGUACGUGAACGUGGAGCGGUCCGCGCAGCUGCGACCGAAGCCCGCAGCCAACGGGUAUCACCCAAUGACAAGGCACACCUUGCAGGCUCUGAGCGCGGCGCCGACGCCGAAGCUGAUCUCCAACUCGGAGUGGCAGCGCCAGCCGCCCGCGCGCCUCAAGCCCGCCAACUACAACCAGCACUGGCUCAUACAGGAAGCGGAACAACGUCGACUGCAGGAGCAACGCUCGCCAGCGCGCACGCCCGCGCGGUACGCGCCGCCGCUCAGCACAACACCUGAACGUCGUACAGUGAGGCCGGAGGUGACUGAACCGCGGGAAGACAAGAUGCUAAGCGUGAGCGGCCGCAGGAAAUGCUCGCACUGUGGGGAGGAACUAGGUCGCGGCGCGGCCAUGAUCAUCGAGUCGCUGUCGCUGUGCUACCACGUGUGGUGCUUCACGUGCGCCGUGUGCGGCUGCGCGCUGGGCGACGGGCGCGCCGGCGCCGACGUGCGCGUGCGCGCGCGCCGCCUGCACUGCCACCACUGCUACUCCUCCGACGACGGCUCCAAGUACAGCUGCGUGUGAGCGCGCCCUUACCACCAACUUGCUAGUGUGUACGCAUCUUAAGCGCCUAGCUACGUGCGCGUCCUUGCAGUCCAGCUGCGCGUCUGUCGUGCGUGCGUGCCCGUAUAAUGCUGCGUGUGGACGCGCCCUUACCAUGAAGCUGCAAGUGUGUGCGUACCCCGAAGCUUAGCUACGUGUUACUGUGUACCUGUGUACAUAUCCUUGCAGUUCAGUAGACCUAACAUGCGUCCAAUAUAGAUAUAUCCAAGACCAAUCGACCAAUAUAGUGUCCCCUCGCAACGAAAGAUAGCGCUAUUGGUCGAUUUGUCUUCACGAGAUAACGUCGUAGGCCACAUGUUAGGCCCACAACUGCACGUCUGAAGUGCCUCUACAGAAAAGUGUACCCUUAAUCUCUAGCUGUAGGUGGACCCUUACGGUAAAACUAUGUUUUAAUGCCCUUAAAAGGCAGCUACUUGUAUAACUUAAGUACUCUCUUGUGGAUUAAAAACCGGAGUUUAUUACCCAUAACAUGCAAAAAAGUGAUCUAACCCAAAUAUUAACUUUUCUAAUAAUUACUACAAAAUUAUAUUAUCAUAAUAUGUAGUCAUCAAUUCAUCAUUCACAACCAUAUCAUAAUCAACAUCAUAGAAAAAAAAUCUAUUAGGUUUCACUAUAAAUAUCCCCUUUCUCCUAGUUGCGCGCGCGCACUAUCGCGUGAUGACGUCACGCGCUCGGCUGCGCGCGCGCUCGCACGACACGUCUCUGGACUCAGCUCGCUCUGAGCCUGAUUGCACGCGCAUGUUUUACUUUACCCCCUACCCCUUAUCACCUUCACUACCCCUUAAUCCCUACCACCCUGACGAUACAAUUUAAUCUCUACGUGAUUUCCCUAAACUAAUAAAAAGUAUAUUGUAUCGUAAAAUCUUUUUGUAUUCCAUGCCUUCAGUCAAGGUCAAUUUAAUCUAAAUAAACCAAAAAAAAAUACAUUUUUCAUAAUUGUGUGAUGAACAAGUUUUCUUAGUUUUUUGUUACAAGUUAACAUUUCUGUAAGUACAUAUAUGAAAUUGAAAAAAUCGCGUUUUUGUUUUGUAAUUUGAUUUUGUUGUAAGAAAUACUUUUAUUUGAGAAAAUUCAAAUUUCUUUUUUUUUCAUCUGUCACAUUACCAUCAUCUUACACAUUUAUUGGGAACUUAUUAUUUUUUUAAAUUACAACUUGAACACAGUUCUUUAAGAAAAUUUUUCAAGGAUUAUUGUAAUGCCAAAGUGGCAAAAUUUUUGUUUGUAUUAAAGAAUACUUUUAAGUUACAGUAAACAAUAUCAAUAAGCAGUUACUAAUUUAAAAUAUAUACAAAGUAAUAUUCUUUAAAAUGUGGUAAAUAUUGAAAUCAUUACCUUAAAUAUAGUGAUGAUUUUGGUUUUGAUUUUAGAGAACUAUUUAAAAUAGUUACAAUAAAAUCAUAAUAAGAAAGGUUUAGGACGCAAAGACUUUAUUAAGAUAAGUUUAAUUUGGCUUAUGUCAUCAUAAUAAUUAUCUUUAUUGUCGAUUUUAAAAUCGAUUAUGGUCUGCGGUUGAUUAAAAAUCGAUUUUUAACUUUGAUUACAUUUAUGUAAGUGUUCAUACUUUUUAAUUGAUCCUCUAGGAUUUUCGAUUUAGUUAUUAUUUUCACAGAGAUAUACAUUAAAAGCAAUAAUAGAUAUAUUUUUUUUUUCUAAAUAUAAAUAAUAAUUGCCUUAAUUGAUAAAAUACACGUUUUCAUUUUCACUUAUUUUGUGCCAUGCCAUAACGUGUUGAACUAUUUUUAAUCGGAAACUUAACACUGAUUUAAUUACGUUUUUUUGUAUUAUUGUUAUUAUAUGUUAUAUAAAGUCGCGUUUAGACUAUAUAACAUUCCUGUUACGUAACCUUUUCUGUAAUAUAUUUGUAUAACCCACUUGUAUGUCUAUAUUAUCAUAUUGGAUACAUAGUAUAACUGUCAAGUUUUUUGUCACAAAUUUAAAAAAAUAUUUGUUUUGACGAAUAUUAUAGUAAAUAAUGUAUUUUUCAUGUUAUAUGUACGUAUAUUACGUGUUAUAUAAUGUUACAUAGUCUAGACCGACACUAGGGAAGUGUAUUUUAAAUAUGUUAAUGGGGAACUUGUAUAAUUUUGUAAAUAAUUUUUAAUUUAUGUCGUAGUGUGUGUUAAUUUAGCUUUAAUAGAGUAUUUUGUAGUCCUAAUGUGAACAUUUAAUCCAAAAAUGUUUAUUGUUUUGAUUAUUGUAUAUUAUUGUCGUUUUGUAUUGCAUAAUUCUAGCAGUGUUUUUGUAUAAUUUGUGAUUUAAAAUAAUUAUAAAAGCCAUUCUUGAAAUCUUUAUUUAUAUUGUUUUUCAUACACAGAUUAUACAAUUGUACUAAUAAGGGUAAGACUACACUGUCAAUAUUAUUUUUUCUUUAUUUAUAGUCGCAAAAAUAAUAACUUUGUAUUAAAAUCAUAACUUAAUUAUAACACUAACGGGUUCAUAUUAUCUAUUACAAUUAAACUCAUGACGCGACAUUUUUUUUUUUGCUAAACUUGAUACAAUUUGAUUUUUAGCGUAAAUAUAAAAUUAUUGUUUCCAUAAAAACGUUUGGUACAUUAUAAAAAUUUAAUUAUUUAUUAAAAUUAUAUGCCACUCUGAAGAUAUGCCAGAAGUGAUGACUUAUUUCCCAACUUUUUGGGAUAGUCAAUUUAAAAUAGAAACUUUUAAUUCUUCAGUAAUAAAUCUUCUUGAUUUUGGUCAUCGAUAAAGUCGCUAUAAUUUUCAAAAUGGCGCAAUUUAUAUUCUAUAGCGUCGUUAAUAUAGUUAAGUUGUAAUUGUGUGAACAUAAAUUGGUGUUAUAUAGACGUGUUAUAUUUAUUGAUAGUUUAGUGAUGCCCCAAAUAUUACGUUUGUAUUGUAAUUAUAAUAUCGAUCGACCCUGUACAUUGUGUAUGUGAAGAGCUACAACGUAUAUCAAUAAAAUAUUACGAACUUUAUAA